AUGGCCACUGGUGUUGUGAUUGGGUUAUCCUUAUCUUUGAUUUCACAAUAUCUCAACACACAAAAAAUUUGUUCUUUCAUACAAAACACAUCGGAUUAUGUCAGAGAAAUAAAAGAAAAAAUCAAGGCUCGAAGUAAUUACCAAAAUGAAGAUGGUGAUGAUAAUGAUAAAGAGAAUGAUUAUGAUGAAAUUAUAACAAAUUAA